GGCUUACCUCUCCCUCUUCUCUCUCUCUCUCUCUCUAUCUCCCCUCUGUCUUCUUUAUCCGUGGCCCGGAGCUCCUUUUAACACUAUUCUUACUAUGUCUCACCACCUGCACCAACACCAACACCGUUAGAAUUGGUUAACGUCAAGCCCCUUGACGCCACUUGGCAGAAUACCACCCAAUGGCACUGCAGGAGGACGCGCCGGCGAUCGCUCCGAGGCAGCGUCCGGUGCCUCCGCCGAACCGCCGCCGGGACAAGCCUCAGCUGUCCUGUAAUCUAUGUAGACGGCGCAAAGUAAAAUGUGACCGCCAGCAACCUUGCAAGACGUGCACGCUUCGCGGCCUGGGCGCCUCUUGCUUUUACCCCUCCGAUAUCCGGGCGUCGCGCUUAUCGGACCGGGAGCCGGGCUCGUCUGCUACGGUGCAGAGCCGUGUCCGCGAACUCGAGGGUCUUGUGCACGCUCUGAUACAGCGGACUGGUGUGAAACCCCUGUCGCCGAAUACGACUGCGGACCUCGAAGGCUCCCUCGACGCCGAUGUCCCUGCGGCGGACACAUCCGGGGAGCCGUCCGACUCCGGCACCCUGACCAACACUCCCGCCGGGCCCAGUUACGCCGAUGGCGCGCAUUGGACUGCUCUCCUGGACGGCAUCUCCGAGCUGAAGGAGUACCUCCAAGAGAACAACGAGGCAGGCUAUCACUACCACAUCCCUCCGCACGUCAUGCCCGACUAUGGGCCCAGCCCAGAGCUCUUGUACGGCCGCUUCACCCAGGCCACGAAGGGGGAGAUCUUGAGUACGGUGCCGAAGAAACCCGUUGCGGAUCGGUUGAUAUCGAAAUUCUUCGGCUUGAUCGAUCUAGCUCCAGCCCUCUUGCAUAGUGGUCAGUUUAUUCAUCAGUACGAAUCGUUCUAUGCGGACCCAUACUCGGCCCCCAUCAUGUGGGUGGGUCUCCUAUUCGCUAUUAUGUGUGUUGCGACGAUGCUCUCGAUGCCACAUACCGGACAGGACCCGGACUCUGACGUCCAGGAUGUCGAGAGCGCGAUCAUCGUGAAGGUGUAUCGGGAGAAGAUCAUCCAAUGCCUCACCCUAGGGAGGUAUACCAGAGGCGGCCCCUAUGUCUUAGAAACCUUCCUCGUCUAUAUUGCUUCGGAGCACCUGCUACGGGAAGACGCUGAGUUUGGGACUCACAUCCUGUUGGGCAUGAUCCUACAAAUCUCCAUGCGGAUGGGUUACCACAGAGAUCCUAAGAACUUUCCGGUCCUAUCGCCUUUCGAGGGUGAGAUGAGGAGGCGAAUAUGGGCCGCCUUACACCAGGCGAGUCUCGUUUUCGCGUCGCAGAUGGGCCUGCCCAGUAUGUUCAGGGCGCGGCAGAUCGACACAGAGGAACCGCGAAAUCUGAUAGACUCAGAUUUUGAUGAAACCACCGCCGUGCUGCCGCCGUCGCGACCCGAAACCGAGAUGACGCCGAUUCUCUACGUCAUCGUUCGGGGUCGCGUCGCCUCUCUCUGGGAGCAAGUUCGUGACAUAGCAGUCGAUACCAGGCUUCAUAAAUACGACGAGAUUCUGGCCAUGGAUCGCAGGAUGCAAGCGGAGCGACAGCGCCUACCCGAGACCCUUCGCGCACGGCCCAUAGAGAAAUCCAUCACGGACCACCCGCAGAUAAUUAUGCAGAGGAUAUGGCUAGAGAUCUGUUUCCUCCGGUUGAAAGCCGUGCUGCACAAGAAGUACUUCAUGGCGCCUCCUCACCUCCAUCAGCGCUACAGCUACUCGCGGCACGUCUGCCUCAGGUCGGCCCUGAAAAUCCUCGAGUACCAGCACAUCGUCUACGAGAAGGUACAGCCCGACCACUUGCUGUACGAGGUUCGCUGGAAGCUUUCGUCCGUGAUGAACAACGAGUUCCUCCUGGCGACUAGCAUUCUGUGCGCCUACGUCAAGCAGGUCUGCUCCGCUCCCGAGAGCACGGUCGAGUGCAUAGACACGCAGGAGGUCAGCGAAGCCCUCACACAGUCGCUAGACGAUUGGCAUCGUUUUAGUGCCACGUCGAGGUACGCUCGGACAGCGAUCAAGGCCAUUCGUCUAGUUCUCGGGAUCGCAGGCACACCUACGGAGAGUCCCCCUGCUAACACGGAGGAGGAGGAGCUGAGCCGACUGCUCUCUUUUCAAGAACCCCUUCUCUUGGAUUUCAACCUCCCGUUCACAUUCGAGGGGGAAUAUAACGGAAGCAGCUCGAAAUCUAUCAGCGAACCCGAGCAAGAGAUGACCUCGUUCGCCCCAAUGCCGGCAUCCAAUGAUGACUGGGCAAACCUAUUCCCACGGGUUCCCACUCGUGCGUCAGAUUGAGUCGAAGUCGUCUUACGUAGAAUCGCAUGGUUACAUAUCGAAGACAUCAACUGUUGCAACAGUCCUACAUGUCAUUUUCUUCGCUAAGUCUAGCAUCUAGUAGUAGCUGGCUCCCCAGGACGGGGAGCAGAAACAAUCCCUUUGUGCCCGGACCUUGUGGUCUGGGCCUUGUAUCUGAGCAUGGCCGCUCAGUGCCAACAAAGUGGCCCUUGGAUAACAGCGAUCAAGAGUGCCCACAGACUUAAUUGGGGGUUUGGUGGUGCUUCGUAUACGGACGCCGGACCAGAAGAUCCUCAAACUCCAAACGAAAAUCACCUCCUGCAUCUCCUCGUACCAACCGACGCACCCACCCGAACGCGAAGGCCACUCCACUCUACUCACCCCUCGACCAUACGCAUACACUUAGGGUAGGUACCCAGGGCCGGCCCCGAGGAACCCAUGGCGCUCUCACUCAGCACGACGCCGCGGACGCUCCCGGACCUGCAGGCCGCGCUGCGGCUUCCGACGGAGGCGGCGGCAACAGCCCUCGUCGGCGAGGACGCGGUCAAGGAGGCGUUCCGGCGGUACGCGAACCUGUGCCUGUCGGCGGGGUUGCCGGGGCAGGCG